AUGUCUGGAUCUGGAAGCUCGGAGGUGAGAACUCCCAUUUUCUCCGGUAAGAACUACGAGUUCUGGAGAAUUAAGAUGGUUACGGUUUUCAAAUCUCUUGGGUUAUGGAAUCUGGUAGAAAAGGGGAUUACAUCCCCUGAUUCGAAGAAGAAGAAGAAGGAAACUGAAGAGUCAUCGGCAUAUAUAGUCGAUGAAGAAAUGAAUGUUGUGUUCAUGAUGGAUGCAAAGGCUCUAGGAAUCAUACAAAUUGCAGUCUUUGACCACAUCUUCCCUCAGAUUGCCAAUGCUGAUUCAGAUCUAUUGUAUGGGGAAUAUCACGGUGGUGGUCAGGUUAUAUCAAUAAAACUUCAAAAUCUUAGACGACAAUUUGAAUAUGCUAGGAUGCGAGAUGAUGAAUCUCUAUCUGGUUAUCUUACAAGGCUGAAUGAAUUGAUUAAUCGGAUGAAAACAUUCGGUGAAUCUCUUUCUAAUGAAAGACUUGUGCAAAAGGUUCUGAUUAGUCUAAGUCAACCAUAUGAUCCUAUCUGUUUGGUUAUAGAAAAUACAAAAUGUUUGGAGACUGUAAAAUUGCAGAAGGUAAUUGCAAUCUUAAAGAGCCAAGAACAACAGUUUGAUUUGCAUAUUAUUGAUACUACUGGGAAAGCAUUUACAUCUCUCUCAGUGAGUCCAAAUGGACAAAAUAGAAGUGGAGCUCAAUCUGAUCCAUCUCAGUUCCAGAAGAAUUGGAAUUCUAAGGGCAAGAAAUGGAAGUCAAAACCUAAGUUCCAGUAUAAGGGAAAACCUAAAUGUUAUAACUAUGAAAGGUUUGGACACUGGGCUCGAGAGUGUAUUGCAGGAAAAUCAGUUCAAAAGGCAAAUAAUGCUAAUCAAAUAGAGGUGACAAGAAACUUGUUCUAUGCAAAUAACACUAUCUCUGAAUCAGUUGUCAAUGGUGAAUGGUAUGUUGACAGUGGUUGCAACAACCACAUGACUGGAAAUGAGAAAUUGUUGGUUGAUAUAAGGACAAAUGUAGUAGGCAAAGUACAAAUGCCAACUGGUGAGCUUAUGAAUGUAGCUGGAAUGGGGACUCUAGUAAUUGAAGGAGAACUUACUGAGUGUGGGACAGAUGGAUAA